AAACACAGACCCCUCACCUGAUGGAAAAUCUUCUCAACAUCCAUCCCAUAACGGUCCUCAGAAUUCCCUGCCUCUAAAGCAAGCUCAAACCCCCAGUAGCUGAAAUGUUCUUUUCUCCUCCUUAUUUUCAUUUUUGUUAACCCUCAAAAUCUACCUUGAUUAGGUCGGAUUUCAACUUCCCUUGAUCCAAGUUCUCAUGCAAAUCCUUGAAUUUUAACAUGGGUUCAGUGCCUUUUUUUUACAGAUGAAUGGUCCAUUCUUAGAUUCGCAAAAAUUCAAACUUGGAUAUCAGUGGUCUUAUGAACUGCUCUGUUUCUUGCUUCAAAUUGAAAAAAUAGAGAGACUUUAUGGAGUAUAUUGAUGGGUACCCAGAUGGAGUUUCUGCCCUGUAUCCCUCUCAGUUUCGUGGAAAAGGGUUCUGUUAAUGGUUUUUGUAUCAAAAUAUGUUCCUUUCUGGUGGGCCUUUCUGGGUCUCUGUCUCUGCCCUGUUGUUUACUUUCGCCGGUUUCUUCACCAGAAUCCUCUCCAGAAUUCGGAAGAAUACAAUUUCUCAAACGAAAAAGUCUAAUUUUCCCUCUGUUCCGCUGCUAGAAAACAACCGAUAUUUUUCGGAUAGUUUUGAGGCGGAGGAAUGGAAAAAGGAGAAAAAAUUUGAUGCUGAUGAAGUUCAGGACAGCAAGGGAAACAUGCCUGAAGAAGAGUCACCGAAGUUCUGUUUCAAAUUUGAGUUUCAGACGGAUACCUUUGAGAAGUUCAGUAAGAGUUACAGGGGAGCUACAGAGGAUGUUACUUUGGACGCUGUUCCUUCUUCGAGCACUAGCAAGUAUGAGUUCGUGUGUGCGAAGGAUUGCAGUUGCUUCAUGGAGACACCAGAGGAGGUGAGCUUUAGUGUCAGAGAAUUUUAUGCUGAUUCCGACAAAGACUGUAUUUCCUUUUGCAAUAAAGUGGAAUCCAAGAACGGGGUUUUGUCUGGAAUUGAUUCAACCCAUCAAAAUUCCAUGGAAAAAGUUGUUGUUGAGGAAACAGUAGAGAAUUCCACCGACGAUGUUCGUGGAAAACAGGUUCUGGAUGAAACUGUUUAUGAAGAAGAAGAUGAGGUCGGAAAUUUUCGGUUUCCUUUGGAAAAGGACUUCAUUGUUGUUGAUUCUGAUUUAGAUUCAAUUGCCUCAAGCCAUAUCAGUGAUGAAAUUUUAUCAGAUAGAGACUUUGAAGAAGCUUUCGAGCUUGACCUUUCAAGGGACAUUGAUGAGAAGAAGAAAUUAAUGGGGGAUGUCAGUACUAAGCGUGAAGCCGAUGAUUUUGACAAUGAAGACAGAGAUAUAAUGGAAGAGCUCAGAAAAUUAGAAGAGUCAAACUCUCAUUCUCAUCCACAGAAUGAAAAUUCCAAUAAUGAAGGCAAUGGAAGUAACAAUGAACCCACAAUUACGUCAGACGGUUCAUUUAGUUCAGAUUCUGAGGGACUUGAAACCUUGUGGGAGCAUCAGGACUUCAUAGAACAACUGAAAAUGGAGCUGAAGAAGGUUAGAGCCUCAGGUCUGCCUACUAUCUUGGAAGAAUCAGAAUGUCCAAAGAUAAUGGAAGAUUUGAAGCCUUGGAAGAUUGAAGAGAAGUUCCAGCAAGUAGGCAAAAUGAGUGAGCUUCACAAAUUCUACAAGAGCUACAGAGAAAGAAUGCGGAAAUUCGACAUCUUGAACUACCAGAAGAUGUAUGCAAUAGGCUUUUUUCAGUCCAAGGACCCACUUCGGUCCUUUUCAACCCACAUUUCCUCCUCAGUUCCGGGGAUCACAUCCCUUCUCCCACAGAAUCUAUGGUUAGGCAAGAGCAAGAAAUCCGAGUUGGAUCCAAUGGUGAAGUUCAUGAGAGAGUUGCAUACGGAUUUGGAAGCGGUCUAUGUUGGGCAGUUGUGUCUUUCCUGGGAAAUUCUCCACUGGCAAUAUGAAAAGGCCCUUGAGCUAUGGGAAUCUGAUACGUAUAGGAUACAUAGAUACAAUGAAGUCGCGGGGGAAUUUCAACAGUUUCAAGUACUAAUGCAAAGAUUUAUAGAGAAUGAGCCUUUUGAAGGGCCUAGAGUUCAGAAUUAUGUCAAGAAACGAUGUGUUCUUCGUAAUCUCCUCCAAGUUCCAGUUAUAAGAGAAGAUAAAGAGAAGACAAGUAGGACAGGUAAAGAAGCUUAUGCCAUUACAAGUGAUAUGCUAGUGGAGAUCAUGGAAGAAUCAAUAAGGAUAUUUUGGCGAUUUGUUCGAGCUGAUAAAGAUGCAAAUGUUUUAUUCCAGAACAGUCGAAAAGGAACUCAGGCCGAACCCCUAGAGCCUAAAGAUCACGAGAUUUUAUUAGAAGUCCAAACAAGUCUUCUAAAGAAGGAUAAGAAGCUGAAAGAGCUAUUAAGAAGUGAAAAUUGCAUAUUACGCAAACUCCAGAAGCAUAAAGAGGAGAAUGCGGACCAAGUCCUCUACUUCUUCUCUCAGGUGGAUAUGAAAUUGGUGGCGAGGGUUUUGAACAUGUCCAAAGUAACAACAGAUCAGCUGCUAUGGUGUCGUAGUAAAUUGAGCAGGAUCAAUUUUGUUAACAGGAAAAUACAUGUAGAACCAACAUUUUUGCCUUUCCCUUGCUGAUAGAUAGUACAUAGCUUUCUCACUGUAUAUUGUCCCUUCUGCCAGCCAUAUUACAAUCAAAAUUUUGGUAGAAGUAGAACAUACAAUUUCACCCCUUUUUUUGGGUCUAUAGAAGAUCACAAAAAGGUGUAGUUGUGAAUUAUUAGUCUCGGUAUGAAUGACCUGUACAUAAUCAUAUUAGAGAGGUCAACUUAAAUCCAGUGGGAAGUUUUAGAUAUCUAAAUCAUAUCUCUUCUUUAUCCUUCCUUCGUUUCCUCUGUUUUUUUUUGGCCAUUUAAUCAGAAAUACAAAUGCAGAAAAAAA